UGACAUGCAGCUGUCCGUGUCAGCCUGAAGGCUGUAGCACAUAUCUAGUUUGGGGAGUUCCAGCUGCUAAGAGAUGGUCAUUUCACUUACACAGUGAUCCUGAUCGCCGACAGUUUUGACCCUGAGUUCGCCAUGUUUCCCUCCCUCGCGCUGCUAUUGGUUCUCGCCGUACCUGAUGUCCUCAAGGUCACCGCAAAAGAGUGUACCAGCUUCUCCACCAAUGGCACACUCGCAGCUACAUACAACUUCCAUCGCUUUUACGAUUUUCGGAACUUGGGGGACAGUGAUGUUGGCGAGGCAACAACAGCAUCAGCCAAUAGCGAUGACCAAAAGGGCUCAGUGACCUCGAAUGGCCAGUCUAAGAUCAUCACCGCUUCGCCCUGGAAUUCUGGUUGGAAUGCUCGGUACUGGUUAAGGCCAGCAGCCAAGGAACAUACGUUGGACAUGCACUAUACACCGUCUAGCGUGUCGAUAAGCAACAACAGCGACGGGUCCGAAGGACAUCCUACUUAUCUUACUCUUCACACAACACGGCUCUCCAACGGUACACAGUUGGCGUCUGAAUUGGACUUUUCCGAGUACAACGUCACAUAUGCGUCGUUACGCAUGUCAGCGCGUAUCCACGGUGCCCCUGGAGCAAUUGCCGGCUUCUUUACGUACCACAAUGACACGAGCGAAUCGGACAUCGAGAUUCCGACUGGAGGCACUGGCGACGAAGUACACUGCUCGAAUCAGCCCACCACAGAUCCUGAUACGGAUGUACCAAUCAAAGACGCAACCUUUAACGUUUCCAUGAAAGACCAGCAGCCUACCUCUACAUGGAACAAUUAUCGAUUGGACUGGGUGCCAGGAAAGAGUGCAUGGUAUGUCAACGGCAUCCAGUCUGCUGAGACUAAGGUGAACGUCCCGGAUGCCGAGAGCAUGAUCAUCCUGAACCUCUGGAGCAACGGUGGAAACUUCUCCGGGCGUAUGAACACUGGCAAUGAUGCUUGGUUCGACAUACAGUGGGUUGAGCUUUUGUUCAACACUACCGACAGCACUGCAAUCAAGAGCAGUCGCACCGUAUGCUCGGUAGAGUCGUCUCUAGGGUCACCCGUUCCUAGCGCUUCGUCUAGUAUCCAUGAGAGGGUCUCAGGGUAUAUCUGGUGGGUCGUCGGUGUUGUUUCGACUGUGGCUUUUGUAGCUUCUGUAUAGUUCGCCAAUACGCGAAGAGCGUCUAGAGUGCGGAGUUCCCAGUUUCAUGUAGAUAUGUAAAGAUUCCAAAUUAAGUAGAUCCAUAGCGGCACACACCAACUUUUAAGCAGA